AUGAGUACCACUGAGGAGAAAGGCAGCGACAACCAGCGCCGUCGCAAAGACCGAGACCGCCAAGAGGAAGAUGCCAAGGCCAAGGAAAGAGGACGCAGAAACAAAAAAAAGGAACCAUCUACAGCAUCUGGUGGUCAAUCUGAAAAAGAAGGAGAUGUCGACAAGCCUAGAAGCCGGAGAGGCGAACGUCGCACUCAAGAGGAGCGGGAAGCCAAAACCAAGGCAAGCAGUGGAAGAGUCUCUUCCUCCUCCUCUCGACCAGGGGUUUCGCAUGAGAAGAACAACUCUUCCGGUAGGACUCGCAAAAAGACUUCCGAAGCAUUGACUUCUUCCUCUGGUAAUGGUCAAGCAAGUAUUGUUAGUCCACAAACACGCUCAUCUCGUCGUAGUGGUCGCGGAAGAGGCAAUGACAAGAAAGGGUAUCGGAACAAAGGAUCUUCUACUCCUGGAGCACAAGCUGAGAGUAUUGCUAGUCCACUUUUUAGUAGCAGCAGAAAAGGAGAUGGCAAGAAAGGUUAUCGCAACCAAGGAUCUUCUACUCCUGGAGUACAGGCUGAGCAAAGUGAUCAUGACCGAGCAAGUCGCAAAGAAUCGCGACACAAACGUAACACCCGUGGAGUCGAUAUGGAUGUUACAAUUGCACCGAAUGAUGAUGAAGCUUGUGCUGUACAUGCCAGUAUUGUGGGGGAGGAAGCGGAUGUUGUUGUUCAAGGUCAGACAGACGAGGACAUCCGCAAAAUGGUCGAAGCAGAAGCAAAAAGACUCCGAGAGGAAGAACGUCAACAAGAAGAAAGACUUCGAGACGAAGAACGACGAGAGGAAAAGAAGCGCGAAGAACUGCUACAGGCGGAGAAAAAACGCAAGAAGAAGCGCAAUGUGGUGAUUCUUGUGGUUGUUAUAGUUCUUAUUUGCGGUGGGGUAGGAGCGUACUUUGGGACUCAAAGUAGUUCCAGUGGCAAAUCCAUUGACGGAGGUGACGCUGUUGCUUUGGAUGACGGAAACAAUCAGAAUCCUGCUGAUGAUACUACAUCCGAUUCUCCUUCAAGCGAUCCAACCAUUGCUGCCACCAGCCCUCCAUCACAAGCGGUCUUCAAGUAUCCUCCACCUGACCUCGAAGAUUGUCAACGGCUAAUUGACAGGGACCCUCCAUUGGAUGAGGACGGCACCUUGGAGAAUCGUGAGUUCGAGGUAGAGUUUGAUCUCGGAUUGUCUAGUGCUGAAACCGGCAUUUCUACUGUAUUAGCAGAAGUCGAACGGAAGAUCGCCGAUUGGUUGCUCCCAUCACUUGUGGGGUGCGAUGAUCUUCAGCGCAGAAAGCUGGAUGGUCAAACACCCGCUUCGAAAGGUAUCCGAGGUGAUACAGUGCGCCGGUUGCAAACGACUUCCGAGGAUCCACUCCGCUACAUGAUCGCUGAUGUGUUGGACAUCCGUGCUGUUGACCAAGAAGAGGAGUGUUCUUUUGCGUCUGACAUUCCAAACUGCAGCUUUGUGAAAGUCAAGAUGAAUCUGCUGCUUCGUGGAGAUGAACGAAAUUUGUAUGUGGCGACCCUGCUGUCUGACUUCUUCCCAGAAGGACAAGAUCUUAAAGGUGUGAUUGGCUUAUCCGAUGACAUUGCCAUCUUUGCCACAAGGCGUAUCCGUGCGACUGGUCCUACCAAGCCUCCCAGUGCAAUGCCUUCUCGGGAGCCAAGUGUUUCUCCAUCGGAUUUUCCAACAAAGGAGCCAACGAUCCCCCCGAUACCUGCAUCGGCAAAUCCAAGUGCAUUGGUUCCUGAACCCACCAAGGAACCUUCUGAAUCUCCCAGCAAGACGCCUUCUGCAACGCCAUCAAGUGCUCCGACUCCAACUCCACCGCCAACCUUCGCCCCAGUUCCGGGAGCAACACCGAGUCCUACACAGACACCCUCUGCAACUCCUUCGUCUAUGCCAUCAGCUGCUCCUUUCAUUGGGAGCACACCGUCGCCAUCCAAAGCACCGUCGACGCCGGAGCCUACGUCCCCUCCCAUUGUAUCGCCAUCGACUGAUCCAUCACUCGAGCCCUCUUUAUCACCAAGUGGCGAACCGUCUCGGUUGCCCUCGGCUCAACCUUCCAUCCAACCUUCAAUGGAGCCAUCUUUAUCGCCUUCUACACAUCAGCCAUCUUUGUCACCAACAAUACCAUGUUUUCAAUCCAACACUGAGCUUUCGGAUGCUGUUUCAAAUUGGUUUCAAAGCAAAGCAACAGUGGAGGCCCAAUACGGACUGAUGGGAGACUGGUGUUUCACUGCCGGUGUAACAAGCAUGCAAAACCUCUUCUUAGAAAAAGGCGCAUUCAACGAGGAUGUGUCGAAUUGGGAUGUUUCUUCCGUUACUGACAUGAGUCGAAUGUUCAACGGAGCAAAUGCGUUCAAUGGCGACUUGUCAUCAUGGGAUGUUUCUUCCGUUACUGACAUGGAGGCAAUGUUCGCAAACAAUCCAUCAUUCAACCUAGACGUGUCGUCAUGGGACGUUUCUUCUGUUACGAAUAUGGAGAGCAUGUUCCACAAUUCGCGAUCAUUCAAUCAAGACUUGUCGUCGUGGGACGUUUCUUCCGUGACCAAUAUGAGGUUGAUGUUCUUUCUGGCAUCGUCGUUCAAUGGCGACUUGUCGUCAUGGGACGUUUCUUCUGCUACGACUAUGGAGAGCAUGUUCCGCAAUUCGCGAUCAUUCAAUCAAGACUUGUCGUCGUGGGACGUUUCUUCCGUGACCAAUAUGAGGUACAUGUUCUUUCAGGCAUCAUCGUUCAAUGGAGACGUGUCGUCCUGGGAUGUAUCUUCCGUUACUGAUAUGGCCUUAAUGUUCAACGGAGCAAGUGCGUUCAAUGGAGACGUGUCAUCCUGGGAUGUUUCGUCAGUUAUUGACAUGAACGCAUUGUUUGCAAAUAUUCCAUUAUUCAACCAAGACUUGUCGUCCUGGGACCUUUCUUCUGCCACCAAUUUGCAGAGCAUGUUCAGCGGAGCAACAUCUUUCAAUGGAGACAUAUCAUCAUGGGAUGUUUCGUCUGUCACUAUAAUGCAGUCAACGUUCAACGGAGCAAGAUCAUUCAAUGGCGACUUGUCAUCAUGGGAUGUUUCUUCCGUUACUAACAUGGAUAACAUGUUCGCAAACCAUCCAUCAUUCAACCCAGACUUGUCGUCAUGGGACGUUUCUUCUGUUACGAAUAUGAAGGGCAUGUUCCAACUUUCGCGAUCAUUCAAUCAAGACUUGUCGUCAUGGGACGUUUCUUCUGUUACAAAUAUGGCACUAAUGUUCCGCGAGGCAUCAUCUUUCAAUGGAGACAUAUCAUCAUGGGAUGUUUCGUCUGUUACUACAAUGGCCGGAAUGAUCAACGGAGCAAAUGCGUUCAAUGGCGACUUGUCAUCAUGGGAUGUUUCUUCCGUUACUAACAUGGAGGCAAUGCUCGCAAACCAUCCAUCAUUCAACCCAGACUUGUCGUCAUGGGACGUUUCUUCUGUUACGAAUAUGGAGAGCAUGUUCCACAAUUCGCGAUCAUUCAAUCAAGACUUGUCGUCGUGGGACGUUUCUUCCGUGACCAAUAUGAGGUACAUGUUCUUUCAGGCAUCAUCGUUCAAUGGAGACGUGUCGUCCUGGGAUGUAUCUUCCGUUACUGACGCGUAUGGAAUGUUCCGGGGUGCAACGUCCUUUGAUCGAAAUCUUUGUUUGUGGGGCUUGCGCCUAUCGGCCAAUGCUGUGGUUUCUAAUGCGUUUUCCACCGCCAGCAGCUGCCAGUCACAAUCUGAUCCAGAUCUCUCUACGAAUCCACCAGGCCCAUUUUGCUACGCUUGCAUACUAAGUUAA